AUGUCGGCCUAUCUGCAGGAAAUGAUGAAUCAAACGAUUUCUGUCAUUACAAAUGACGGCCGGAACAUUAUUGGUGUACUUAAAGGAUUCGAUCAGUGUGUCAACGUGGUCUUAAAUGAUAGUUUUGAGCGCGUUUUCUCACUAAAAGAACCGGUAGAGGCCGUGGAAUUGGGACUUUAUAUUGUUCGUGGUGAUAACAUUUCCGUGAUUGGCAGCGUACCGGACAACAUUCGAGAGCAAGUGAUUGAUGAUCAGACACGUGCAGCGCCCUUAAAGCCAUUGUUACAUUAA